AAGUCAACUUGAUUUUAUUUAAACGGACUUGAGCUGACGUAUAAACGAAUAUACAUACAAAAACAUAAGUCACACACACACACACUCGGUUGACGGCGUUUGGAAGUUUGAAGCAUUUGGUCAAUUUACAUGAGGAGGGCCAGCACUUAUUUAUAUAUGAAAAAAGCAGGACUUGCGAUUUUGGUUACUUUUAUGGCUACUGGAAAUCGAUUUAUCCAAAAUUGUAACUAAAAUUAUUAGUUUUGCGUUAGAUAGCAAUGCUCAUUUACUUCACUUGAGUUCCCAAACGAGACACGAAAGCGCCAAUUCGAAAUGAUCAAACGCUUGGGCGAUACCACAUCUGCCAAUCAAGGCGGCAGCAUAACUGAUCACCUGUGUUCUUGGCCAGUUCACAUCAAGAGAUCAUUCAUCGUCCAUCAGUGGGCGGCCAGGUGUGAUGUUGCUUUUGUUGUGGUUGGUGAUCCCCAUGCAAUUUGGUUAAUAUGAUGUGACAUUAGCGUAAACCAUCGAAUGGUUGGCUCAUGGUUUUCGUUGGAGCAGUGCGUCCGCAUGAUUCGUUUGGGCACUUUGGGUUGUAGGAGUGGUCAUGGCUAUUCCUGAACUAUAGUUUUUAGUAGAACCGCCGGCACAUGUGCUGCGAUAUAUGCCCACGCCCACGCCGGUAGUAGAUCCCUUGACAUCUUGGCAUAACCCCAGUGUGAUUCCGGUUCAACAAGCACCACCUGUGGCUGCACCACAGGUGGUUGCACCUCCUGUGGUUGCUGCGCAGCCAUUGCAAAAAUCAGAGACGUUGCCGAUGCCAAUUUUGAUUAAGGAUGAGGUGAUUGUUCCAUUAAGCGAUGGCGGCAAUGGGUCGGAUGACACCAAUGCCGAGAUGGCCUACAACAACGACGAUGAUAUGGAGAAUGGCGGUAAAAUCCCAUUCAAAAAAAUAUUUCAAAAGCGCAAGAAGUCGUCGGAAAGGACACGGGAUAAGAAGCUGCGUCAGAAUCGUCAAUUGCGCAAAUCAAUGUUACCCAAGAACGCUUUAAUGGCAUUGAACGAGGUGAAGGGCAUUAAUAUCAGUGACUUUACGAUUAAUAGCAAUCCCGAUGGCGGCUUUACGGCCAUUGUCACCGUCAACUCCAAGCAGUACGAGGGCAAGGGACAUUCGAAGAUGGCUGCUAAGAAUCUGGCAUGCGAGAAGGCUUUGCGCGAUUAUAUUAUUGCCAAAAUGACGCCAAGGACCAAAAAAAUGCAAAAGGCAGCUAAUGAUGGCGAGCCCGAACCAAUGGAGAUUAACGAUGGUGAAGCUGGUGAAGCGCCAGAAGAUGAUGUACCCAUGUUAAAUCUGGCCUCAUUUGCCAUUUACAAGCUAUUUGCUGAAUGGGAACGCGAGGGUUAUAUUGUCCCCGAAAUGCAUCCAUCGGCUGGCAGUUCCUCAGCCCAGACGGGAGAUCAGAAUGUUCCAGCAGCGGCUGCUGCAGUUGUCACAAAGGAGCCAAAGAAACCGCCAGUGCGCACAGAGCUACCAGCCAACUGGGAGACAAUGCAUCCAGCCACAUUGCUAUGCGUGAUGCGUCCAGGUCUUUCGUAUGUGGAUCAUGGCUGCAUUGGCGAGAAGCCAAAUAUUAUGCAACGUCUUGGAGUUAUUGUGGAUAAUCAGGAGUUUACCGCCAAUGGACGUUCCAAGAAAAUCGCACGCCGAAAUGUGGCUGUCAAUGUUUGCAACAGUUUGUUCAAUACAAACUUCACAUAUGAAGAAUAUUAAAUGAGCGUAAACAGCGCUAACAGGAAUCCCUUAUAAGAUCUGCUAUGUCACAUUUCUCAAUUGUUACAACUCCCUUAGACGAUUUAACACAAUCAUUAAUGCGCUAAUCCUAAUAUACAAACGAGCAUAGGCAUCAGCAUGUCGUUCCAUUAUAAUCACUUAUCUUUUAAUUAAAUAAAUAUAUUCUUAAUU